UUAGUUGGCCGUUAAUGGGAUCGAACAGCCAACAAACACUAGGCCCAUUUUUUUUUUUUUAAAACUUCGAUUUCUCCGUCUUUCUUGGAGACUAAACAAAUGUUGCUCGAUUCAUCCAACCAACUCACCCACCUUUUCCUGCCGAUGCAUCUUCCAAAUCCACUCACUUUUCCGUUUAUUCAACACUCUCAGAAUCCCCUUCUCCAAUGGCAACUCCUUCGCCGACCACCUUUUCACAGCCUUUCAAUUUCUUCAAGGAUGUCCGCAGAACAACCUUAAAGACAUCAACAAUCUUUGGUCCUAAGCUGAAAUCAGGAGAAAUUGAGCACACCCAUUUGAGAUUAUUGACUUUUUUCAAGACUGGUCCACGUUUAGAGUUGAAGGCUUCCAAGGAGCCUCCAGGACUGACUCAGCAACUUGACAAUAGCAGGCUGGAGAGCUUGGCUGAAACUGAAAAUGUGUGUGACUUUUUCGAAGAUCUGAAACAUCGAUUUCUUAGAUUCAAAAAGCGUAAAUUCAAAGAAAACUUGGAACAUUUUCAAAAUCUUGCCCAGGGUCAAGCACCAAAGUUCAUGAUUAUUGCUUGUGCAGACUCUAGGGUUUGCCCCUCAAACAUCUUGGGGUUUCAACCAGGAGAAGCAUUCGUGGUUCGAAAUAUAGCAAAUCUAGUACCCACAUUUGAGAGUGGACCCUCAGAAACAAAUGCUGCAUUAGAAUUUGCUGUAAAUGCUCUUAAAGUUGAGAACAUACUAGUCAUUGGCCACAGCCGCUGUGGAGGCAUUCGUGCCCUCAUGAGUAUGCAAGAUGAAGAAGAUUCAAGUAGCUUUAUUAGAAGUUGGGUUGUUGUUGGAAACAAUGCAAGGCUAAUCACAAAGUCUGCAGCUUCCAACCUAAGCUUUGACCAGCAGUGCAGACACUGUGAGAAGGAAUCAGUCUACCAUUCCUUGUCAAAUCUGCUCACUUAUCCAUGGAUAGAAGAAAAAGUGGCUAGAGGAGAACUCUUUGUGCAUGGUGGGUACUAUGAUUUCGUUGAGUGUACAUUUGAGAAGUGGACAAUGGAUUAUGAGGGAGGCAAUUUACAGAAGAAUAGCAGAUUUGCAGUCAAAAACCAAUUUUACUGGUGCUGAAUUUUGCUACCACCUUCUCUGUAUGGUUUAUAAUGUUAUGUUCUUUUAUUUUUUGGCCUUUUCACAAUUUAUUUUGAUUACGAAAGCUGAAGCAUAGGCUUGAUUUAUAGACAUUGAAAAUAAUUGAAAAAUACUGUUUAUCUGUCGAAUUUUAGGGAAUAUCUACCCUGUUGUAUAUGUGUCUCAAUGAAAUAUGUUCUUUUCAAUGUAUAAUAUACCUAUAUUCCUGAUGUAAUUCUAGUGACAUUCCUUGGAUU